AUGAUCAGACGAGGUUCGGGGUGCAGUAGGAGGCCUGCAAAAGGAGCCGACGACAUGACCAAUGUGCAAGUUGGGGAGUCAGCUUGGUGGAUAAGCAGGCAGGAGAAAGCCAUUAUUAAAAAGACAGGAGACAUCGCCUAUACUACGAGAGCAGGUAGCUUGACCAGGCAGGAGGUAUCGCCUCUGCUACGAGAGAAGCUAGCUUGA